AUGGAAUCACCUAUGCAGCAUCAGAGAGACAGAGGGGAAAAGAUUCCGUUUUACUUUCUCAAAUGCGAAAUAGACGAUGACUUCGGUGGGCGGAGUGGUACGCAGAAACGCGACCCGUCGAAAGCCACUUGCACUGUUCGCGUGUUUGGCAAAAACGAAGCCGGCGAGACGGUCGUUGUGGAAUUGUUUAACUACCAGCCGGAUUUUUUCAUCUCGUUCUUAAAUCGUGACAUCUGCAGGCGAAACCUCAAACUCAUUCAAGAACGCCUACGACAGUACGCCGAGCACCUGUCGAACACCGAUGGGGACACUAGUGAAAAAUCUUUAGACGCGAAACCUCAAACUCAGUUCUCACACAUCAAGGGUAUAGAGGUGGCCGAGGACUACGAUUCUCUCAUCAUGUCCGAUGACCAUCAUACAACACAACGUGUGGGCGAUACAUCGUUGAGAUUCACUUACCGCGUCUGCGUGAGGUCUUUUGGUCACAUCCGCCCGGCGAUCGGUGAAAUCCUGCGUAUCGCGCGCGAGACUGCUGCAAAAGAGGGGGAGUACACCGGCCCGGCGUGCCUAAAGAGACACGUGCACUUUUACGAAAGCUCCUUGGACGCGAACGUGAGAACGGCAGAGAGACUGAAGCUCAGGCCCUGCCGAUGGGGUUGGUUGGACACUUCGGGGUGCAAAACAACGGUGGCGAUGUCAUCAUCACGAAAAGCGAUUCACCGUUUCACUUACGACUUUUUGGAGCACAUCGAUGACAGAUUCUUGAAGACAGAAGGACGGAUCGAAUACAACAAACUGCCGUUUGCGGAGGCGACGGAUGAUCUGUCGGACAAACUGCCGCCAACCGUGUCCGUGAUGUCUUUUGACAUAGAGUGUCUGGCUAACGACGUGAACGUGUUCCCCACACCCGAUGUCUGCAGCGUCAUUCAGAUAGCCACGGUGACCGUGUCGGACGCCUUGAACCGUCCGCAACACAACACGAGAACAGAGAGGCGCCUUUACACAGUGGACCGGUGUGAAGAGCUGGAUGAAACGACGACGCUAAAGUGUUUUGACAGCGAACGAGAAAUGUUGGAGGCGUUUUGUUCUGACUUUGUGGACCAAGAUCCGGACAUCGUGACCGGAUACUAUAUAGAGAACUUCGACUUGCCUUUUAUCUUCGCCCGCCUGUCACAUCACCAGAUUCCACCCGUGCUCGGGCGGUUGGGACUGAGGUCGUCUUGUGUCGCCAACACGGAAAAAGGAGGCGGCGGUAGGAAGUACGCUUCUUACACGCCCAAAUCCAACUUCACGAAAAUACACGGGCGUACGGUGUUCGACACCUGCGUUUUCGUGCGCAAAGAGUUCUCGUUGCGCUCCUACACGCUGAACGCGGUGUCCGAACACUUUUUGAAAUCGAGAAAAGAAGACGUCCACUACACUCAGAUUCCUUCUCUGUUCGCAGCCGGUCCGCGGAGUCGCGCGAUUCUGGGACGUUAUUGUGUGAAAGACGCACAACUCGUGAUGGACAUCGUGUUCCACAUACAAGCGUUCGUCACCACGUUCGAACGCUGUAAGGUGUUCAACACGACACUGGAGUACCUACUGGACCGCGGACAACAAGUGCGCAUAACGUCCAUGUUGUUGAAAUGGUGUUCGCAACGCAGGACGUUGAUCGACGACUGUACAACACCAAACGAAGUGUUCUACAACAACGUGAAAUCGGACAUGAAGGAACUUUUGUACGAGUGCGACGCACUGCAUGUUUCGAACGCGAAACGGUGCGUGAAAAGACGCGGAGGAGAGAUACCGGCAGAACCGGACUGCACUGACGAAAACGAAGACGACGAAGAAGACGGCGCUUCUUCCGAGAAGGAAGAGGGCGAGGACCGUGGUGGAAAGACGAAAAACACCAAGUACGACGGGGCGGUCGUCAUAGAACCCAAACGUGGACUCUACCACGAUCCCAUCGUCUGUUUGGACUACGCCUCCCUGUAUCCCUCGAUAAUGAUAGCGUACAACCUCUGUUACAGCACCAUGGUGUUGAAUAGAAAAAAGGGAGAGAUUCUGUUCAACAGGGGCGCGGCGUUCCGUUCACCCGUCGGCCACUACUUUUUGACCCACAAACAAAAGAGGGGCGUGCUACCCGACAUCCUGGAAACACUACUGCGGACCAGAGCCGAAGUGCGCAAACGCAUGGUCGGAUUGAGUCACGAUUCCAUCGAAUACAUGCUGCUGAACGGACAGCAGGGAGCACUGAAAGUGGCGGCCAACUCGAUUUACGGUGCGACCGGGUGUCAAAAGGGCAAGCUGUACUUUCUGCAAAUCCCUUCUAGCGUCACGGCGUACGGCAGAGCGAUGAUCGUUGCUACGAAAGAGUUCAUCGAAAAGGAGUAUCCCGACAGACAAGUGGUGUACGGGGACACGGACUCGGUGAUGGUACACCUGGUUGGUUGGACCGCCGAGCAUAAGAAACAACUGUGGGACUGCACGGACGCCGGCAACCAGAUGGCCCACGCCGUGACACGCCUGAUCGACCGGCCACCGAUCAGGUUGCAGUUUGAAACCGUAUACCUGCCGUUUCUUUUGGCCAACAAGAAACGCUAUGCGGCGGGUGUGUACAAGUCCUUGGAGAGUGUGCAAACCGUGGCCGCCGAACGAGGUGUGGAGGCGGCACAGAAGGCGUUGGAAACAGCCGAAAAACAUAUUACUUGCAAAGGGCUCGAAGUGGUCAGACGCGACAACUGUCUUUUUGCAAAAAACACACUGCAGAAAACAAUCGAUAUGAUAAUGGCCAUGGUACCACCGGACAGAGUGUUGGACGAGUUGAGGCAAGAAAUCGUCCGCCUGCUAAACGGUGACAUGAGCUUUCGAGAUUUGAUCAUCUCCAAGGAGUGGAGCAAGAGAACGAAAAAUCCCACGCCGCACGACCGUUUGGCACAGAAGUUGGCGGAAAGGAAUCCGGGCAAGGCACCUCGUCUGGGCGACCGUAUACAGUAUAUAGUGAUCGAAUCACCGGACGGCGAGUCUAGGAAAAUGUUUGACAGGGCCGAGGACCCACUGUACGUGCUCGAGAACGGGCUCGCCAUAGAUUACGUGUACUACGCAGACAACCAACUCCUGAACCCCCUGGUCAACGUGCUCUCGAUAGUGAUGCCGGAUUCGACGAAGGAGGAGAUAAAAGACACGCUUUGGCCCUCCGCGAACGACUCUCGUUUUCCAGUAAGACCGAGUAAGAAGCUAACACACAAAGGACAGACCAAAAGACCGCGCAAGAAUACCAAACACGAUGUGGCUCCGCCGAACAACAGACGCAUCACCUCGUUCUUCGGACGUUCGACCGAAACACAACUGGCCAACGCGAAUGAGAUUGAAAAAGACAUUAGGGAUAUAGAAGACAUUUGCACACGUCUGGCAAAAGGGUGUUUGGAGUGCAAGAAGAGAGACGCGGUGGCGACCGCCUCGUGUAGAGAUCUAGAUUGUCCCUCGCUGUUCGAACGCUACAAACAGAAGCGCCGCGUCAAGACCGUCGGCUGUGAUGUCAGAGGAAAGGUGUACGCCGAAGUAUUGGGGUUUGAAUGGUGA